ACUCUCCUUCAAAAUUCAUCCCUCCUCCAAUAAGAUGUCGUGUUUUGAUCGUUUUUACGAGUUGUGGCUUCACCAACUAAAAGUUCAUCUUCACCAACUCGUCUCGGCACCAAAACCCUCCGCCCCCACACCCACAGAAAAUGAAAAGCUCAACAAUCAAACCACCCAACUCAUCAACCGAGUCAUAACUCACUACGACGACUACUGCAGAGUCAAAACACAUGCUGCUAAACACGAUCCCUUCUCCGUCUUGUCAGCUUCCUGGACAACUUCUUUAGAACGUUCUCUCCAAUGGGUUUCCGGCUGGAGACCCACGACGCUUUUCCACCUAGUGUAUACCGAGUCAAGCGUCCGGUUCGAAGCUCAGCUGAUCGAUCUACUCCGUGGAGAAAGGACAGGCGAUUUAGGUGAUCUCUCUCCGAGUCAACUCAGUCAGAUUAGUGAUCUGCAGUGCCAGACAGUUCGAGAAGAGAAUGAGGUGAGCACCGAACUGUCACAUUGGCAAGAAAGUGCCGGUGAUCUUGUUUCCUUGUUUUCUGAUGGUGAUGAUGAGCCGAAUAUCGAACGGCUAGUAAUGGUUUUGGAAAAAGCUGAGAAUCUACGGUUGAGAACUAUCAAGACUGUCGUUGAAAUCUUGACUCCACAACAAGCAGUUGACUUUUUGAUCGCUGCUGCGGAGCUGCAGUUUGGGAUUCGUGGGUGGGGUUUAGAUACUGAUCACAGACGUCAAAGAAAAUAAUCCAACGGCUGAAUUUUCCGGUUUUGUAGGGGUUUUUUCUGUUUUCUGUUUGAUCUACGGUUGUGUAUCCGUAGGAUGUUUAGAUAAGUAUAGGUAGAGAUGUAUGUUGUAUCUUAUUUACUUGUAUUUUCCGUUAAAUCUUGCUUACGUGGAUACUUGGAAAUCAGUGAUGUGUAUGAUGUUUAACA